UCCGUAAACUACAUAUCAACGCAACUGCAACUAAAAUACACCAGGAAGUGCGGAUUUUUGAACGCUUGAGAAAAAAUGUCAACUUCAGACGAAGCAGACGCUCUUCGGCCACGAUAUGGGUCUGUUCUGGAUGGAGUGGAGCGGCUCACUGCCGAGGAGAUGGAUGAACGGCGACAGCAGAAUAUGGCAUAUGAAUACCUGUGUCACCUGGAGGAAGCCAAACGAUGGAUGGAGGCCUGUUUGGAUGAGGAGCUGCCACCCACCACUGAGCUGGAGGAAGGUUUGCGGAAUGGCGUCUAUCUGGCCAAAUUGGGCAAUUUUUUUGCACCAAAUGUUGUCUCCAUUAAGAAGAUCUAUGACCGUGAGCAAACACGCUACAAGGCCACUGGGCUCCAUUUCCGACACACAGACAAUAUCAUCCAAUGGCUCAACGCAAUGACAGACAAAGGCCUUCCAAAGAUUUUCUACCCAGAAACAACAGACAUCUAUGACAGAAAGAACAUGCCGCGUUGUAUUUACUGCAUACAUGCACUCAGCCUGUACCUGUUUAAGCUGGGCCUUGCUCCUCAGAUUGCUGACCUUUAUGGCAAAGUGGCCUUCACUGAGGAAGAGAUUAACAACAUGAAGAGUGAGCUGGAGAAAUACAACAUUCAGAUGCCGGCCUUUAGCAAGAUCGGUGGGAUCUUGGCGAACGAGCUGUCGGUGGAUGAGGCAGCAUUGCACGCUGCUGUGAUCGCCAUCAAUGAUGCCAUCGAUCACGGGGACCCUGCGGGCACACUGGCUGCCAUGAAGAACCCCAACGCCAUGCUGGUAAACCUGGAUGAUGGCGCAGCGCAGGACUACCAGGACACGCUGUCCCAGGCUAAAGCAGAGAAAGUGGCCAACUCCAGAAAACGGAUUGUGGAGAAUGCUGAUGCUGAAAGGGAUGUGUAUGAAGAGCUACUCACACAGGCUGAAAUCCAAGGAAACAUCAACAAAUUGAAUGUGUCAAAAGCACUGAAUGCCACGGAGCAGGCCUUGCUGAGUGGGGAUAAAGACCGUCUGUAUGAUGCUCUACGUUCUUCUGCGCUUGGUCUUCAGUCUCUGCAGUCACAGAAUAAAGACUGGUACCUCACGCAGCUCAUGGCAGAACGAGAGAACAAGGAGCAGAAUUCACCAGGAGAGUCAAUGACUAAAGAGGAGUUGCAGAAUGGAAUUGAUACAGCAAAUGAGAUGGCACUGAAUUACCAGAAAUUACUACGCGCGGUGGAGCGGAUAAAUGCAGCUAUCAGAGCGGGCGUGGCUGAGGACACGGUGAAUGAGCUGAUGAAUCCAGAUGCUCAGCUGCCCCAAGUUUAUCCCAGUGCCGCUGACCUUUACCAAAGAGAACUGGCCAGUCUUCAACAACAGAGCCCAGAGGGGUCACUGUCCCAUCCAGAGCUGCUGGUUGCUGUGGAAAUGCUCUCAUCUGUGGUUCUGAUUAAUGGAGCUCUUGAUGUAGGAGACAGAGCUGCAGUCUGGAGACAACUUGGCAGCUCUGUUACUGGCCUUAGCAAUGUAGAGUCUGAAUACGCACAGAGGUACAUAGAUGACCUCAUGCGUCUGAAAGCAGCAGCACGAGAGGAAGGCAAUGACUACCUGACCUGGAAUGACAUCCAGGCUUCUGUGGACCAAGUGAACAACAAUGUCCAGGAGGAACAUGAGAGGAUCGCAGCCAUCGGUCGGAUUAAUGAGGCUCUGGACGAGGGGGACGUGACAAAGACUCUAGCAGCUCUGCAGCACCCGGCGGCCAAACUGACGGAUGUGGAUCCCUCUGUAGCCCAGCAUUACUACGACAAACUGCUGGAGGCGCGGCGAGAGAAAGCACAUGAGACACAAGAUCCAUCAGCUGUGCUUUGGUUGGAUGAAAUCCAGGAUACCAUCUUUGCAUCCAACAAAGACACUGAGGAGGCUAUACAGUUCUCUCAGUCCAUCCAGGCCAUAAAUGAAGCAGUGGACAGUGGGGAUGCAACUCAGACUCUGGCUGCCCUGAGAACACCUGGCACCGGACUGUAUGGUGUGACUCCAGAGUGUGCCCAAACAUACCACAACGACCUGGAAAAAAUCAAAAAUGAGAAAAAGGCAGAGGGUGAUAAUGGCAGUGAAUGGGUGAAACACUGGGUGAAAGGAGGACAUAAUUACUAUUACAACCUGAAAACACGAGAAGGGACUUGGAACGAGCCUGCAGACUUUGUUCAGAACAAUACGCAACUCAACAAGGAUGAGAUUCAGUCUGUGGUGUCUGGUGUUACUUCGGCUUAUAAUCGUGAGCAGCUGUGGUUGGCCAAUGAGAGUCUGAUCACCAAGCUGCAGGCCCGUUGUCGCGGUUACUUAGUGAGAAAGAACAUGAAAGAGCGACUCGGCUUCUUGAAGUCCCAGGAGGGCUCAGUCACCUGCAUACAGGCUCACUGGAGAGGUUACAAACAGAGGAAGAACUUCAAAGACAGGAAGCAGUACCUGAAGGACCACACUGAUGAUGUUGUCAAAAUCCAAGCCAUGGUCAGAAUGCACCAAGCUCGCAAGAAAUACAGAGAUCGCCUGCAGUACUUCAAAGACCAUAUCGAUGAUGUGGUCAAGAUCCAAGCGUUCAUCCGUGCCAAUAAAGCCAGAGAUGACUACAAGACGCUCAUAAACGCAGACGACCCUCCAAUGGCGGUGGUUCGUAAGUUUGUCCACCUUUUGGACCACAGUGACCAGGAUUUCCAAGAGGAGCUGGAACUAAUGCGUCUGAGGGAGGAAGUGAUCACUAACAUACGCUCCAAUCAACAGCUAGAGAAUGACCUCAACCUGAUGGACAUUAAGAUCGGUCUGCUGGUCAAAAAUAAGAUCACCCUGCAGGAGGUGGUCUCUCACAGCAAGAAACUCACCAAGAAGAACAAAGGCCAGUUAUCUGAUAUGAUGAUGAUGACUAAGCAGAAAGGAGGGCUGAAAGCUCUGAGCAAGGAGAAACGGGAAAAACUGGAAGCAUAUCAGUACUUGUUCUAUCUGCUUCAGACGAACCCCACAUAUCUGGCCAAGCUCAUCUUCCAGAUGCCCCAGAAUAAAUCAACCAAGUUCAUGGACUCUGUGAUUUUCACCCUGUAUAAUUACGCCUCCAACCAGCGUGAAGAAUACCUGCUCCUCAAACUCUUUAAAACUGCUCUGCAAGAGGAAAUCAAAUCCAAAGUGGACCAAAUCCAGGAGAUUGUGACAGGAAACCCAACUGUGAUUAAGAUGGUAGUGAGCUUUAACAGGGGAGCUCGGGGUCAAAAUGCUCUGAGACAGAUUCUCGCUCCUGUUGUCAGGGAAAUCAUGGAUGACAAAACACUCAACAUCAAAACGGACCCAGUGGAUAUUUAUAAGAGCUGGGUCAACCAGAUGGAGUCACAAACAGGUGAAGCCAGCAAGCUGCCGUAUGAUGUGACCCCAGAACAGGCCAUGAGCCAUGAGGAGGUUCGCACACGCCUCGAAGCGUCCAUUAAAAAUAUGAGGACGGUUACUGACAAGUUCCUGUCUGCUAUCGUCGUUUCCGUUGAUAAAAUCCCAUACGGGAUGCGUUUCAUUGCCAAGGUGCUGAAGGACACACUUCACGAAAAGUUCCCCGAUGCCACAGAGGAUGAGCUUCUGAAGAUUGUGGGGAACCUUCUGUACUAUCGCUACAUGAACCCUGCCAUUGUGGCUCCUGACGCUUUUGAUAUUAUUGAGCUUUCGGCUGGAGGCCAACUGACCACAGACCAACGAAGAAAUUUGGGCUCCAUUGCUAAAAUGCUGCAGCAUGCAGCCUCCAACAAGAUGUUCUUGGGAGACAAUGCUCAUCUAAAUCCCAUCAAUGAAUAUCUCAGCAACUCCUACCAGAAAUUCAGGCGAUUCUUUUUGGCUGCUUGCGAUGUCCCAUCCUUGGAGGAUAAGUUUAAUGUGGAUCAGUACUCUGACUUGGUCACGCUCACCAAACCAGUCAUCUACAUCUCCAUUGGAGAAAUUAUUAACACUCACACUCUUCUGCUGGAUCACCAGGAUGCCAUUGCUCCUGAGCACAAUGACCCCAUUCAUGAGCUUCUGGAGGACCUGGGAGACGUGCCCACAAUUGAGUCUCUGAUCGGUGAGAAUCCACUUCCUCCUGAUGAUCCCAGUAAGGAAAUGAUGGGGAAGACUGAAGUGUCUCUCACCCUCACCAACAAGUUUGACGUUCCUGGGGAACAGAACGCUGAGAUGGAUGCCAGGACCUUAUUGCUGAACACCAAACGGCUGAUUGUGGAUGUGAUCAGAUUCCAACCAGGAGAUACACUGACGGAAAUCCUGGAGACUCCAGCCAGCCAAGAGCAGGAGGUGGAAUAUCAGAGGGCUAUGCAGCGACGGGCGAUGCGUGAUGCCAAGACUCCGGAGAAGAUGAAGCAGGCUAAACCGGUGGUGGAUGAUAGCCUAACCCUUCAAGGCAAAAAGGACAAGAUCAAAAGCAAUCUUCAGAGACUGGGUGAACUGGGCAAAGUUCACCCUGAGAACAGAUAUCAGGACCUCAUCAAUGACAUUGCCAAGGACAUCAGGAACCAGAGGCGAUAUCGGCAGAGAAGGAAGGCAGAGUUGGUGAAACUCCAGCAGACCAAUACUGCCCUCAACUCAAAGACCAGUUUCUACAAUGUGCAAAUUGACUACUACAACCAGUAUAUUAAAACCUGUAUGGACAAUCUUACAAGCAAGGGGAAGGUGUCGAAGAAACCUGGAGACACCAAAGCCAAAAAGAGUAAGCAGGUGUCCCAGAAAUACACAGCAGCUAGACUCCAUGAGAAGGGUGUGCUAAUCGAGAUAGAGGAUCUGCAGACCAAUCAGUUCAAGAAUGUAAUUUUUGAGAUUUCUCCGUCUGAAGCUGUUGGGGUGUUUGAUGUGAAGGCCAAGUUCAUGGGAGUCCAUUUGGAAACGUUAAUGCUAGAGUACCAGGAUCUCCUUCAGCUGCAGUAUGAAGGGGUGGCUGUGAUGAAGCUUUUUGACAGAGCCACCGUAAACGUCAAUCUGCUGAUUUUUCUGCUCAACAAGAAGUUUUAUGGGAAAUAGACAAAAGAGGUCAAGAGACUGAUGCAAAAAAAUAUGGACAACGGAGUCUGUCCUUACAGUCCACUUACAUUUUUUUUUUCUGCACUACUCUGAAUAAGCCUACACACCUUUUGUGCCUUACUGUCAGAGGAAAUUUGGCCUGAGUGUACAGCACAGUGUUACAGUGUGUACCCCAAAAUGUCUGGAAACCAAAUUAUUCCUUUACAGGAUUUGUAUUGAGAUUAUCACAGAUAACUGUAUUAGUUUGCUUUGGAAUUUUUGCAAACGACGCUUGCAUUUGCUUGAAUACUGUGUAUGUUGUAUGUAAAGAGAAUUUUUUUGCCUGCCUUAGAGUUUAUGUACCUGGGAGGACCAAAACUGUAUCUUAGUUUUCUAGUCUUGUCGGAAAUUUGCAGCUGAUGACGCCACCUUUCCCCUAAAUCAGAUAAAAAAAAAAAAUACUAGUUAGAGAAAAUUUACUCCAUGUCAAAUUCUUAACUGGCCCAGAUACUUGAUCUCUACUAGUGUUUCUUAUUACCCAACCUUAGCAUAUAAGUAGUUCACAAUGUAUAAAUGUUAGAAUAAUAGAAGUUAUAUCUCUCCUAGAACACCUAGAUGUUGGAUGAAUUUUAGUUUAAUUUUUUAUUUAUGCCUUGGCUUUUGUCCUCCCCUCUCCCAAAUUUCUUCCAUUU